AGGUGCUGAAGGAGGUGGAUGAAGUGUUUGAGAAGUACAAAGGUGAGCAGGAUGCAGCUCAGAGGAAGCGCCUGCAGAUCCAGCUGCAGCGGGCGCUCAUCAUCAGCCAGGAGCUUGGUGACGAGAAGAUCCAUGUGGUGACCCAGAUGACGGAGCUGGUGGAGAACCGCUCCCGCCAAAUGGACUCCCACUCCCUGUGCCUCCAGGAGCCCAGCGAGGCAGAGCGGCUCACCACAGAGCGCCGCUCCAGUGUCCAAGAGCCCCCUGCCCCUGAGCGCACUUCAACCCGGCGCCCACGGCGCCAGCGCAACAGCGAGAGCCGUGACUCCAGCCACCCGUCGGCCAACGGGUCUAUGGUGGAUGACGCUUCGGAGGAGCUGUCCAUCCCUCCUCCCCGGGAAAAGAAGUCCAAGUCUGCUAAGAAGAAGAAGCGCAAGUCCAAACAGGAACGGGACGCCUCGCCGGUAGAAUUCGCCAUCGACCCCAAUGAGCCCACCUACUGUCUCUGUGAGCAGGUGUCUUAUGGCGAGAUGAUUGGCUGUGACAACGACCAGUGCCCUAUUGAGUGGUUCCACUUCUCCUGUGUGGGCCUGACCUACAAGCCCAAGGGCAAGUGGUACUGCCCCAAAUGCAGAGGGGACAACGAAAAGACCAUGGACAAAAGCCUAGACAAGAACAGAAAAGAUCGCCGUUCCAGGUAGUGACCUUCAUCUCGAAGAGGUCUUCAGCCCGAGGGUUAGGACUGUCGGUCGUAGUUGAUAACAGUACUCGUGAUGUUGUAAGAGCACAAUCGAACACCAUUAGUAGCAGCGCUUAUUAAUCAAGGACGAGUUGUAUUUGAACUUGUGCUGUUACAUCACUGAUUGUUCCCACUGGCUAUAAGUGCACUGUGGUCUGUAGGAAGUCCAGCUGCUGCAAGAAUCAUCAGCUUGAAGCUGCCAUCAUCCUCAAGUGUUUUGCUUUUUG